AUGCCCGUUUCAAAAGACUCAACUGUUUUGAAAAAUAAAAAUUUACAUAAACGAAAAUCAGCAUUAGUUGAUGACUUGAAGACAUGUGAUGAUAAUGAAAAAAAGCCAAAGGAUCCUAACAAAAAAAGUCUUGAAAACUUAAAAUCAAUGUAUAAUUCAGUUAGUAAAAUGAAACCUUCUCAUGGUAGUGGUGUUCCAGGAAAAACAAAUAAAAUUUCAAAUGAUAUGAAUAUUAAGUCACAAGGUACCAAUAGAUCAGAAGCUGUCAAGAUAAAUGAUCAAUCUGCUACUAAGCCUAAAAAAAAAGGAAUAUCAAAAAAUGUAAAAUGUGUCGUGGUUGAUUCUAAAAAAGUUAAGAAAGAAUUUCUUAAAAAUGAAGAUGAAGAAUAUGAAGGUAUAAAUGAGGGUACAAAGGAUAACUUAGAUAUUGAUUCAAACAUUGAACAAUUACCUGAUAUGACAAAAACAUAUUACAUAACAACUGAUUCUAAAAAAGAUGUUAGAAAAAAAUUUUGUGAACAACUAUUAGAAAUAAAAAAUAUUAAAAAAGUUGUAGCUAAUAAAGAAUUUAAAAAUCCAAAAUAUAAACCUAUGGAUUUACCAGCUACUGCUUUUGCUAAAAAUACAAAUCUCAAUAGAUAUAGUGAUGUAAAAUGUAUUGAUAAAACAAGAGUAAAAUUAAAUAGAAAUAUACCUGGAUUAAAAGGAAAAAAAACAUCUAGAAAUUCUUCUAAUGAGGAUAAUAAUAAAAGUUCAUCUAAUGAUAAUGAUUAUAUACAUGCAAAUUAUGUUAAAGUUCCAAAUUCUGAUUUUACAUAUAUUUGCUGUCAAGGUCCAUUAGAAAAUACUUUAGAAGAUCAUUGGUUAAUGUGUUGGCAGGAGAAUGUAAAAGUUAUUGUUAUGUUGUGUGAGGUAAUUGAAGAUAACGAAGAAAAAUGUCAUAAAUAUUGGCCUGAUUUAAUGACUAAAAAAGCUUAUGGAGGAAUUAUUGUUGUUAAUGAAAAAGAAGACACUAACAAAUAUGUAAAUGUAGUAAUAAGAACUUUUAGGAUUCAAUUAGGUGAAAAAAAAAGAACAAUAAUUCAAUAUCAUAUGAGAUCAUGGCCUGAUCGUUUAAUACCAACAGGUACACCUAUUAUAUGUUGUAUUCAACGUGAAGUUCAACUUGUCAGUGGUCUAAAUCCUAUUGUAGUUCAUUGUAGUGCAGGAAUUGGAAGGACAGGAACAUUUAUGGGUAUUCAUUAUUUAAGUGAAAGAUUUAAAGUAAGUCCAGGUGGUAGCACAAAUGUAAUGGAAGCUUUAAAAGAAUUAAGAGAACAACGUCUUCAAUCUGUUCAAUCAACCAUUCAAUUUGGUUACCUUCACAUAUGCCUUUUACAAUAUUUUUGUGAAGAAAAUAUUUUUGAACAUUCAGAUAGUGUUAAAGAAUUUAUUUCAAAAAGUGUUGAUCUUGUACAUGAAUAUGCCUUACGUCUUGCUAAAAAAAAUAAAGAAAAAGAAGUCUAA